CAAAAUUUAGGAGACUGUAGAGUUUAGGACGAAAGAGCAGCAUAAUACGGAGCAGAGGAAGAAGAAACCCUAAAGCGACGGGGUGGAGCUGUAGAACGCCACAAUCGCUAUUGUCUCAAAUUCGGAAUUACCAUCGUCGACAGCCAUGGAUGCUAUAAGGAAGCAGUUGGAUGUGCUAAUGGGAGCCAACCGGAAUGGCGACGUCACCGAGGUGGAUCGGAAAUACUACGACCGCGACGUCUGCCGUCUCUUUCUCUCCGGCCUUUGCCCUCAUGACCUCUUCCAACUCACUAAAAUGGAUAUGGGGCCAUGCCCAAAGGUGCAUUCAUUGCCACUGAGGAAAGAAUAUGAGGAAGCAAAAUCAAAAGGUCUUGAUAACUAUGACAGAGACUUGGAGGAUGUUAUUGACAGGCUGAUUGUUGAGUGUGAUAGGAAGAUAAGUAGAGCUGUCAAACGGCUUGAUGAAGAGGAUGCCAAAGCUGCUAUUGCCAUCUCAGUGUCCGAAGUUACUCAAACAGCUGAAACUCUUGAGUUAUCCAAGCAAAUUAAGGAGAAGUUAAAAGAAGCUGAUCAAAAUGAUCUUGAAGGCAAGACAGAUCUUAAAAUUCGUGCUCUUGAAGAGCUUGAAGAACUCAGAACAAAGAGAGCAGACAAACAAGCAAUUCUGCUUUUGGAUGCAUUUAACAAAGAUCGGGCUUCUCUACCUCAGCCACUUCAAAACCCUCCACAGCUGGAGCCCACGACUGCAGCUGCUACAGAUCCUCGCAUACAGGAGCUGAUAAAUGAGAAAUUAAAGAAAGCUGAAGAUCUUGGUGAACAAGGGAUGGUUGAUGAGGCGCAGAAAGCAUUGGAAGAGGCUGAAGCACUAAAGAAGCUGCCAGCACGCCAGGAACCCAUCCUUGAUUCCUCAAAAUACACUGCUGUUGAUGUGCGCAUUACUGAUCAGAAGCUGCGUGUGUGUGACAUUUGUGGAGCAUUUUUAAGCGUUUAUGACAGUGAUCGUCGUUUAGCUGAUCAUUUUGGGGGAAAGCUCCAUUUGGGCUAUAUGCAAAUCCGAGAGAAGUUGGUUGAACUUCAGGAAGAGAGAAACAAUAAACGGAAAGCUUUUGAAGAAGAGAAGAUAUCUAGAGAACGAAGGAGCCGAGACCCUGAAAGGGAAUCAAGUAGGGAUCGAGGUGAUAGCCGUGAAAGAGGGAGGGAUUAUGAUCGUAAAAGCAAAGAUCGUGAUAGGUAUAGUGACCGAGAUCGCGGCUAUGAUAGAGAGAGGGAGCGUUCUCGUAGCUAUGAUUCUAGAAGGAGUCACCGCAGAUCACGAUCUCGAUCCAGAGAACGCUCAAGGGAUUAUGAUCGCCACAGGCGUUAUGAUCGCUACUAGGUCAAGAGUCAAGACUGCAGUCUUUGGUGGGCUUAUAAUUAGGUGCACAACUGUUGUUGCAUCUGCAGCUGAAAAUUCGGAAACUGACUAUUGUCAGUCAAUGGGCGGCAUUUUGCAUCUUAUGAUUGUUUGGUGGUGAUACCGUAUUUGUACUAGUUGGGGUAGUUGCCAAAUUUACUGUAAAAUAAUCUUAUGGAUUUUUGUAGGGUAAUGUUUCCGCUUUGUACUUUCACAUUGUGAGCAUAAAUGAUACUCGGUAUAAAA